GUUUGUUGGGUUGACGGUUGACGUCUCCUCCUCUUGCGUCGUCGUGCCGUGCCGUGACGUCACGUGCCGUGCCGUGCCGUGCCGUGGAUGAGGAGGAGGAGGGAGAGAUGUUUGGGUGAUGGUGGGCCGCCGCCGGGGGGGUGUCACGUCUUCUCGGCUCUCGGCUCCGCUGUAGCACAUUAGUAACCGGAUUGUUGACACGGAGAAUGGAGAAUUAAAACCCGCCGUGGCAGCUGCUGCUGUCGGUAAACAACUCGCUGCUGUCACCGAGAUGAUCCCUGAGCUUUGGUUGACGUCCCCCUUGAAGACACAGACUGAGUAGCUAUGGCCGAACAAGACACUUGUCCUCACCUGGACUCCAUAGGAGAGGUCACUAAGGAAGACCUCCUGCAGAAAUCCAAGGGAACUUGCCAGUCUUGUGGAGCAGGUGGCCCGAACCUGUGGGCCUGUCUGCAGAAUGACUGCCCCUACGUCGGCUGUGGAGAGUCCUACUCUGAUCACAGCACCCUGCACGCACAGGCUAAGAAGCACAACCUGACGGUGAACCUGACAACAUUCAGGAUCUGGUGUUACGUGUGCGAGCGGGAGGUGUUUUUGGAGCACAGGCCUGCGUUGGUCCCUGUUCCUGCUGCUCCGCACCACUGCAAACCCACAGAGCAGGAAGCGGCUCCUCAGCCAGUGGGUCAUCCACUGAAAGCCGUGCCGAUUGCUGUGGCGGAGGAAGAAGGUUCGGAGUCGGAGGAGGAUGAGCUCAAACCCAGAGGCUUGACAGGGAUGAAGAAUAUUGGAAACUCCUGCUACAUGAACGCAGCUCUUCAAGCUCUGUCCAACUGCCCUCCUCUCACUCAGUUCUUCCUGGACUGCAGUGGACUGGUCCGGACCGAUAAGAAGCCUGCUCUGUGUAAGAGCUACCAGAAACUCAUCUCAGAACUCUGGCAUAAAAAACGGCCCAGCUAUGUCGUCCCUACCAGUCUGUCUCAUGGCAUCAAACUAGUAAACCCCAUGUUUCGUGGUUACGCUCAGCAGGUAGGGGCAAGCACCCAGCAGGAUACUCAGGAGUUCCUGCGCUGUCUGAUGGACCAGUUACACGAAGAGCUGAAGGAGCCUCUGACAGAGUGCAGCAUGAGCGGGGAGGGAAGUGACGGCGAGGAGAUAAGAGACGGAGAACGCUCCCCGUCUGAGGAUGAAUUCCUAUCCUGCGACUCCGGCUCCAGCAGUGACCGGGGUGAGGGAGGAGGAGCGGGUGACGGCGAGCUGCUCCUGCAGGAUGAGUGUGACGGGGUCAGAUCGCCGGCGGGAGGGAUGGUGGGCGUCGGUACCGGCGGCGUGAUCUCGGAGAAGGAGAGGCUCAAGGAGAGGAGGGUGUCUGGCUCGCCUCUCCGUGGAGGCUCCCAAGAGAUGGACGAGGAUGCUGAUGUGGAUACAGCAGCCGAUGAGGGGGCUCCUGAGAGGGGAGAGGAAGAGGAGAUAACACCAACCACAAACACUGAAGCCCAAACUCAAGAGAACAACCAGUUAUCUGAUACAGGGCAAGGGCAAGGGCAAACCCAGAGCAACCCCUCAGAACCAGACAAUGAAGCGUCAAUGACCCAAGCCCAGUCCACUCCCUGCAGUCCCGUGCGAACUCUCCAGGAGCUGCAUCCCAAACUGUCCUCCAGCCCUCCUCGCUCCAGCCCACUGCGCUCUGCAGGACCUGCAUACUCCUUCAAAAAAGCUCAGCUGAUGCUCAGUGCCAGGAAGAAGAAACAGUCUCACUAUCGCAGUGUGAUCUCCGACAUCUUCGACGGCUCCAUCCUCAGUCUGGUCCAGUGUUUAACCUGUGAUAGGGUCUCUACUACCGUGGAAACCUUCCAAGACUUGUCCCUCCCUAUUCCCGGUAAAGAGGACUUGGCAAAACUCCACUCCUCCAUACAUCAGAACCUUCCAGUUAAGACGGGCGUUUGUCCAGACACAUAUAGUUCGCAGGGCUGGAUCUCCUACAUCAUGGACUCCAUACGCCGGUUCGUAGUCUCGUGUAUCCCCACUUGGUUUUGGGGGCCCAUGGUAACCCUAGAGGACUGCCUCGCUGCCUUCUUUGCUGCAGAUGAACUCAAAGGGGACAACAUGUACAGCUGUGAGAGAUGUAAAAAGUUGAGAAAUGGCGUCAAAUAUUGCAAAGUACUUCGACUUCCAGAGAUUCUGUGCAUCCACCUGAAACGCUUCCGGCACGAGGUCAUGUACUCGUUCAAGAUUAGCAGCCACGUAUCCUUCCCAUUGGAGGGACUUGACAUGCGACCUUUCCUGGCUAAAGAGAGCCCAUCACAAGUCACCACCUAUGAUCUGCUGUCAGUCAUCUGUCACCAUGGCACUGCAGGAAGUGGACACUACAUAGCUUACUGUCAGAAUGUGAUCAACGGCCAGUGGUACGAGUUUGAUGACCAGUACGUCACAGAAGUCCAUGAGACGGUUGUACAGAACGCAGAGGCCUAUGUUUUGUUCUAUAGGAAAAGUAGCGAGGAGUCGGUGAGAGAGAGGCAGAAAGUGGUGGCUCUCGCCAAUAUGAAGGAGCCCAGUCUGCUGCAGUUUUACAUCUCCAGAGAAUGGCUGAAUAAGUUCAACACCUUCGCCGAACCAGGCCCCAUCAGCAACCACACGUUUCUUUGUCAACAUGGAGGGAUCCCUCCUAAUAAAUACCACUAUAUUGAUGACCUGGUCGUGAUUGUUCCCCAGAAUGUAUGGGAGUACCUUUACAACAGUUUUGGAGGAGGCCCAGCAGUGAACCAUCUUUACAUGUGCGCCAUCUGCCAGGUAGAAAUCGAAGCUCUGGCUAAACGAAGAAAAAUGGAAAUAGACACAUUCAUCAAGCUGAACAAAGAGUUUCAGGCGGAGGAGGCUCCGACUGUGAUCCUGUGCAUCAGCAUGCAGUGGUUCAGAGAGUGGGAGAGCUUUGUGAAGGGCAAAGACAACGAGCCACCUGGUCCCAUCGACAACAGUAAAAUUGGCGUCAUGAAAGGAGGACACAUACAGCUUAAGCAAGGCGCAGACUAUGGUCAGAUCUCAGAGGAAACAUGGCAGUACUUGUUGGGUAUUUACGCCGGGGGCCCUGAGAUCGCAGUGAGACAGACGGUCGCCCCGGCUGACCCCGACAGCCUUCAUGGAGAGAGGAAGAUCGAGGCAGAGACCAGAGCACUUUGAGAUAAAAAGAGGUCUUCUGAUUUCCCCUUUCCAACUCCUGCCCUCACAGGAAGCUGAGGAAUUUGCACCCUGGUGAAGAAGCCUCGCGUGAGCACUUUGUAAAUGUAGCAACGCAUUAUUCUGAAGCCGCGUCGCUUCGAGGGGUGAAGCGGUACUUAAAUAUCACGUAGUUUUAUUUAUUGGAUAACUCUGAUCCUCGAUGUUAAAGUGUAAAAAAAAAAAAAAAAAGACGUCAUGUCACAUCUCUUCAGCUGUUUUUUGGUAGCUAUGGUGUUUCAGUGGCUGCUGUAGUGACUAGGUGUCAUGUACUGCUCAGCUGAUGUGAUGAACCAGUUCGCCGAGGAGGAAAACUGAACUACAGUGCGAUGUUUGGUUUUGAGGACUAUUUUUUCAGCAAACCAGGAGACAUUAAGAAGCUUUAUGUUGUUUGCCUGUUUACCACUAGACACAUAGCAACAAGUUCAGACAUCAAUCUCACUCUUUGCACCUCCAACCUUAAACACACAGUAUAACUGAGCCCUCAGGAAUGGAAGUCUUUCGCUCGUUCAAGCUGGUGAAAUGAAGGUUAGCUUUAAAAAAGCGUGCAUGUGUUUUCAAAAAGACCACAUUUUCAUUUGUGUUUGAAAAGCUUCAAGAUGCAUGUAACCACAACGUCUUUACUCGGACCUGUAAGGACAAUUCGCUGACGGGACGAGGUGUUUGCCUAAACACACAAUAACUCCUUAAGGUGCUCAAAAUGACGGAAAUAUUGAGUCACCCCUGUUCACCACUAUCCAUAAACAGACAUUCAUGCGUAUAAAUAUAUGGCUAUAAUUUCAAACAGAGUAGAUUGCGUCGUACGCGGCAGGAGGUUUACGUAUCGUACGUAGGGGGUUACGAGCGAAUCUUGUGCAGCAGAAUAUCUUAACUGCCUUUUCUGAUAACAGCCGACGUAGUGAGUUUGUAAUUCUUCUGAAACAUCACCGUGAAUUACCUCGCAUCAGUUUAUUCCAAAACGAUUAACAACGCAGUACCUGCAUAUACCAAAAGAGGGCAGUAUUAAGUGAAUCGCAGGACAGAAAGUAUCUCGCAAAAUCACGAAAAUAAUUAGCACAACAUGCACAAAUCCAGACCUGUUACAACAUUAAGGUAAUUUAUGGUUACUGUUUUGAUUGAUCAGGUAUAUUUUCUUAUUAUAAUUGUGCAUGUUUCGUCAUCAGGUCAUCGGAAACAUGAAGAUGUAUCCUGUGCUCGGGAUUUUCAAAAUUAUAUUUGCGCAUCUGCAAAAAGAAAUUGUGCAUUUUAUGUUGAAGAUGCCUUUUAAAAUUUCUCUGUAAAUAUAAAACAUCCGUCUUCACUCCAUUUAGACACUGUGGUUUAUUUUCUGAUGUAAGAUCUGAACACCUCCGUCUAAACAGGAACCGAUCUGUCAGAACAAUCACAUAACCGCAGCGUUUUGAGGAAACUAGAUUCAGAUCAGCUUAUUCUGUUUUUUGUUUUUUUUUAAUAUCUUUUGAUCGCUGAUAAGAGCAUGCUGUGCAAACUGAGUAAACAACCUCUGACUCCUGUUUGAAUAAGCCAACGUGUCGAGUUACUUUACAGCGUUUUUUGUUUUUUUUCUGAUCGUUGUUUUAAUCCAAAGUAUCAAAAGUAACAUUAUAUACAGUUUUUUUUUUCUAAAUUCAUUUUUUUUAUUUUAAUAUCUAAUCUAAGCUCAGCUCAGUAGACCUAAAGUCCUCAUUUCAUGUCCUCCUCCGUUUCAUUGUAGAUAAAUCACACGCUUGCCUUUUUUUAACUGUACAGAGCUGCAUUGGCAACGUUUACCACAAAGCUCGGCUUUAACUGCUUAUAAUGUUGAGUGUAAUUUUUAAUAUAAAACUCUAACUUAUUGAUUACUAUUCAUUUUCAAAGCCUAAACUAGAAGGAAAUAAAAGAUUUAUAGUUGCAUUUACUGUUUGAUGGUAAAACCCCUUGAGCUAUAUUACACAAAGCUCCGAUGCACGACUCACAAAUUGUUCUUAAAUCUUUUGGUUUAUCAAUAAUCAUGUAGAAUCCACUCUGAUAAAUACAACUCCGCAGCUAUUACCAGUCUAAAUGGCCACAGGUUGUGAUAGUAAACACAAACAGUAAAGUCUCAACAACAACGUCUCAAAGCCAAAUCUGAGAGUUACGCAAAACGCAACGCAAAACUUGAAUUAACACUGAUUUUAAUAUUUAAUGGCCGUGCAGUAUUCACACAGGGAUACAGUAGCUCUGUAAUAUAAACUGAAAUGUGAAAAAUAUUAUGAUGUAAUAAUCUGUGUUCUGCAAUAUGGAUUACAGUGCCUUCACGCCAAUACACAACCGCAACGCACCCGCACAGGUGUCUUUAUAUAUUUUGCCUGAUAACAAAACUAUAUACUAUAUACAGACAGUGGUAUAGUGACAGCACGGUAACUGAAAACACCCGUGUGUGUGUGUGCAGGCACUUCGGUGAAACUUCCCAUCCAACUUGAAUGGACUAUUUAGCUGCGUACCACUAAUCCAGCUGUAUUACACUGGAAGAUCAAUCAGAAAAGGUGAAACUGAUCCCAGAAGGGUACAAACAUUAAUUCAAAUAUGCGAUAAAGCCACUUUUCAACGAGCUGACAAGUAAAAAGCUCAUCCUCGAGUUGCAUUUGUUCGUUGCUGGAGUCACUCUUAGCCAACAUUCUGCAUCUUGAGAUCUGAUAAUUGCAAUUAGUCCAGUAAUAAUUUAUUAAUCACAAGCUGAGCAGAUAUUCAGAAGCGUAAUUAUCGGAAGUUCUGUCUCCAACCAAUAGACCGCAAUACCCAAGAUGUUUUAAUGGACCUUUUUUCACAGCAGAUACUUUGACCUGUCAUAGUAGGAAAAUCACAAGUGUAACUAAUACCAACUUUACAACCAGACUUUCAGCUUUUAGUGUCUGGUUUUUAAAAGUUAAGCCUACUAUAACUGUUUUUUUUAUUUUGGCCA